AUGGUUCCACGAAUCCUCAUUGUCGGGACCGGCAGCAUCGGCAGUGUAUACGCAUAUAUAUUCUCUCGGACCGUCAGCGCCGCCAACGUCUUCACUGUAUGCCGGUCGAACUACGAAGUUGUGUCCAGACAAGGCUUGACCAUCAACUCGACCGUUUUUGGACAGAACCUCAAGGUGCGGCCACAAGUGGUCCGCAGCGUCGAUGAAGCCGUAGCCGAGUCUGAGGGCCAACCCUUCGACUACGUGGUUGUCACAGCCAAAGCCAUCCCCAGCACGCCAUCUAUACCAGAUCAGCUCCGCGCCGCGGUGUCGGAAAACACCACCAUUGUGCUCAUCCAGAACGGCAUCGGGAUCGAAGAUAUCUACCGGUCCGCCUUCCCCUCCAACCCCAUCCUCAGUUGCGUCGUUUACCUGCCCGCCACGCAGAUCGCACCAGGAACCGUCCAGCACAGCGAAGUCGAACUCCUCCACAUCGGCACCUAUCCGGCAACCGCACCGCCGCAGCACAAAGACUCUGCCGAGAGACUGGCCGCUCUACUGCACGCCGGGGGUGCCUCGGCCAAAGUCCACCAAGACGUCCAGCAGCAGCGGUGGAGCAAGCUUUUGGUCAACGCUUCGUGGAACCCGAUCUGUGCGCUUUCGCGCAGCCGAGACGCCCAGUUUCUCCACUCCUCACCCUACGCGCCCGACCUGAUCGAGGGUGUCAUGCUCGAGAUCGCUGCCAUCGCCCAAGCCUCCGGAUAUCCGUCCAUCUCCUCGUCAGUGGUCGACUACCAGAUCGGCCGGGCCACCGCUCGUUCUUUACCCGGCGUCGAACCAAGCAUGCUUGCAGACGCCGGCUCCGGCCGGAACAUGGAGGUCGAUGCAAUUGUAGGAAAUGCCCUACGUAUCGCCGAGGAGAAGGGCGUCGAUACGCCGCUUCUAAGGGCCGUGUAUACACUGCUUAACGCCCUCGAUGGAAGCUUUACUCGAGCGCGGCAGGCCAAGGCUUGA